AAAACAACACUUUUUACUAUUUAGAGAGAGAAAUUAAGCAGUGAAUAGUGGAGCACUUAUGCAUACACAUUAAUUAUGCAUAUGUAGGGAGAGAGAGACGUCGGCAAAUUUGAUGAGAGUUGAAGCUGAGCAAAAUUUGCAGUAUUUGAUCUUCCAUUUCAUGAAUUACUCGGAUUGGCUAUUCCAAAUACAUUACCCCUGGCUCGCUUGACUUGAGUGAGGAUACCUAAGUUUAUGAAUGAAAGGAUGUUGCAGCGUCAGAUCAUGUUUAAGCAGUUGCAGGAAAUGCAGCGAAGACAACAACUCCAGGAGUUGACCAAUGCUAGAAACCAGAACUAUGUAAAUCAACUAUCAUCACUGAAACAGUCAUCAAGUGGUCAAUUUUCUCCUACUGUCAAUGAAACACCAAUGCCGGAUCCGUCAGGAAUGUUUAUGACGGGUAACAUGAUGCAACACAGUGGAUCCAAUGGAUUAGUACUUGGACAAAGUCCUGCUGGCCUGUCUCAGCCUCAGUUGGACCUAUCUUUAUAUGGGAAUCAUACUCCGAACGCCGAAAAGAAUUUGAAUCAGUAUGCCCACCUUCAGGGCCCGUCUAAUCUUUCGACCAAUAGUAGUCCUUUAGGAAUGGUCUCCAUGCAGCCUUCAGGCUUCAGCAACUCAUUCAUGAGUCAACAUUUCAAUUUGCCUGCUGAUCAAAUCAACAUGACAGAUGUGUCCGUUCAUCAUUCUAAUCAAGAGAAGGACUUGUUUGGUCAAGCUCCCACUGAAGGUUUACAUAGUGCAGGUUUAUCUGGAAGCUACUCCGAGCAAGGAACUAGAAUGCAGGGACAUGCAUCAGCUCUAGAAUUUGAUGGGAGGCAUGAAGAUCCAGGUUGGGGUGGGCUUCCUGCUGGAACAACAUCAAACUUUGGCAUGUCAGCGGUGGAUGAUUCUCUAGACCCAUUGGAACAGAAAAUCUUGUAUAACACAGAUGAUGACAGCUGGGGAUCGUUCAGAAGAAGCAGCAAAGUGAGCACAGGAGGCUUUGCAGGUACGAUGGAAAACAUGUCUGACUUGGAUGGAUCGCCUUCUAUACAAAGUGGUACCUGGAGCGCUCUAAUGCAGUCUGCUCUCGAAGAAGCUUCUGGAAAUGAUCCUCGGGUACAAGAAGAAUGGAGUGGAUUGAGCUCCCAGAAUCCUGAAUCCAAUGAUAGCAAAAGGCUGCAAAAUAAUUGGGUUAACAGAAACUCCCCAAAUGCUGUCUCUCCAAGGUCAAAGCCACAGCAAAUGGCCCAGAAUUUCAAUAUGAACUCCAGCUUUGCUAAUUUUCAGCAAUUGGGUUACGAGUAUCAGAAACAGAAAGGAGAAUAUUAUUCUGAGUCUUCUCAUGCCACUACUCAGAACUCUCCGAGAAGUACGAGCAUGUUAGCUGACUAUAACUCUCAACAGAAGCUUCCCAGUGGAAGGACCCCUGUUAUUCAAACAUCUUUGCCAUUGCCAAACAUGUGGCCUGGUCAACAUAAGGAGAACCCAAACAAUGAUGCACGCGAGGCUAGCCUAUUGUCAUGCACUAGUGGCAACCAGCCACAACAUGAUUUUUCAGGUCAAGACUUCAAAGGUGCUUUUUGGCUUCAAGGGAGUACAUCGCAUCAUGUGCCUGGUGGCAUCCAAAAGAAACACGAUCAGGUGAACCAGGUAAACACUCAUGGGUACUCAGUUCAUCCAGAUAUUAUGACCUCUGGAGUUAAUAUGGAAGCCGCAUCAUCAGUGUUAAAUGUUCAUUUAGAACGUCCUGGUGAAAACAUGACUGCUCUGAGGCCUUCGGAUCCUCAAACUUCUCAGACACACUCAGUUCUCCCAUCCUUAUCCAUGCUCUCUUUGCAGGCAGCCUCUAGUGCAACGACUCUAUCAAGUCAUAUUGUGAAUGAUCAUGUUGAAAACCAGCAUCCACCUUCACCUGUUCCUAGUCGCAUAAAUGCUGAAGUCCCACUUUCUGGGAACGUGGUUGUUGCACAACCCUCUUUGACAUCAGAUAGGCUGCAGCAUGUGGGGUUUCAGAUGGGGCAACAUACUCAAUGGCAGGGUAUGGCCUUGCAGCAAGAUACAUCUUCCCUGGGAUCUUACAUAGUUUCCUCUAGUUUGUUUGGCUCCCCUGAUUCAGCAUCUAACACUACAAGGACUAGCUCAGCAGCUACAAAUGAGCAGCACUACCAGAAUUAUUCUCAACAAAUAUACAAUGCAAAACAAUAUUCAGGGAAUUUAGCUGGGCUUGAUCAGAGAUUAGAGAAAGGAAGUUCUAUUCAUGAAGGGUCAACUGAUAUAAAUAGCUCUACAUCCCUCAGCAGUAAUAUUCAAAAGCAAGAAAAUCUUAGAGAUCAUGGCUUGGAUGCAGGUUCUAUUGGCUCUGGUUCUAUGAUGACUGAUGAUGGUAAGAGCUUUCCUCCUAAACAUGACAGUGUGAAUAUUCAGCAUCCAGAUGCCAAUCUCGAGGAGCUGUUCUUGAGUGGACAGGAUUCUGGAAACAAAGGUGUAGCAAAAACUGACCUGAGUGGAGUAUCAUUCCUUGACACAUAUUCAUCUGGGGAUAGUAAAGGGUGGAAACCUGCUCAAGGGGGCCAAGAUUAUAAGUCUGACAAAACUUUGUUGACAUCGUACCAACCGAAUUUCCAGCAGAGUAUGCUUUCUCAAAAUGAUAUACCGCCAUAUUCAGUUGGCAGUAACAGACCUUCUAAUGCAGUACAUCCAUCACGAAUCAGUUUGCCGAUGGUCCAAUCCUGGUUUAAACAGUCUGAGACCUUGAAGAAUGGACAGAGGUUGCCGAUAUAUGAUUCACGAGCUGCAAUUCAGGCCACACAACUAUCCUCUGAAAUUACUCAUGGAACCUUGCAGGAUAACAGUUUGAAUAUGCAAUUAAAUUUGGCUAAUGCUAGUCAAGGAAAUGGGUUACUUUCACCUACAUCUAGGAACCCUGUACUGCAUAAACAAUUAAACCCCCCUUCUAUGUUGCCUUCAGAUGCCAGUCACCAAAACUUAGCUGUUACAUUGCAGAAGAAACGGAAACUUGUUGCAUUUAAUAUGGUACCCUGGCACAAGGAAAUAGAUAAUGACCAGUUGUGGCCCCAAGAUAUCAGCACCGCUGAGUUAUCAUGGGCACAAGCUGCAAACAGAAGAGAAGAAGAGGUGAUUUCUGAGGCUGAAAUUGUAGAAGAGUCGCACCCAAUGAUUCAAGCAAAAAGACGGUUGGUUUGUUGUACGCAACUUAUGCAACAAGUCUUUCGACCUGCACCAUCAGUUAUUAUUUGUAUGGAUUCCAGUUCAAAUUGUGAUUAUCUAGCAUAUUAUGCGGCUAGAUUAACAUUAGGAGAUGCAUGUAGCUUGACUGGCCAAUUCCCUCCUGACUCCAUGGAUGAGUCGGAUUCACAUGACAAACCACAAACUUCAGGGAAAAUCGGUGCUUUCAAGUUCUCAAAAGUUGUAGAAGAUAUUGUUUGUCGAAUAAAGAAGCUUGAAGGUGAUUUAAUGAGACUGGAAAAAAGCCUAUCAAUUGUAGACAUCAAAGUGGAAGCCCAGGAAUUGGAGAAAUUCUCUACCAUCAACCGCUUUGCGAAGUUCCACAUCAGGGCACAGCCGAGUUCAGUAGGUUCGGAAACCUCCUCCAGCACAUCAACUUUGCACAAAGCUCACCCUCAAAGAUACGUAGCAGGGCAUCCAAUGCCUAAUAAAUUACCAGAAAGUGUUGAUUGUCUUUGUUUGUAAUAUGGAACGAAAUAGAAACUUAUGCUACGGCCAUGAUUCCCCGUCUCCUUAUAUUAAGAUCUGCAGUUUUCUGACAUAUAAAAGUCGAAAAGAGGUGACAAAAUGCCGCGAAGGUGAAUGCAAGUUUAGACCAGGUGACCUUCUCUAAUCUAAGGUGGAUCCGUUCUCAAUUUUUGAGAAAGGGUAUAUCUAUAGUAUAAUAUAUUGAUGUUUGUAUAUCCGCAUGAAAAAGUUAGGUGGAUGUAGGAGCAGGUAAAUGUACGGAUUUAGUAGUGAAUUUUUAUUAAUUCACUUUUGAUAUACUGUGCAAGUUUUAGACCUAUCUAUAAUAAGCUCUUUCUCCA